GCCGAGCGGUCGGGCGUGGAAAGGAGCGCUCCGUCGCUGGGGCAAUAGCCAGUCGCGGCCGAGUGCGCGCUCUCCACCCUUCGCCCAUCGGCUUCGCCUCGGUUGCGCGGGUAUUCCCUAUAGCGCUUGAACCUCUGGAAGUUGGUGCCGCAGCAAAAUCCGGCAAGAUGGAGGAAGCUUAUGAAGACAUAGAUCAAAUGUUCAGUGAUUUAUUGGGAGAAAUGGAUUUGCUAACACAGAGCUUAGAAGUGGAAGCAAUGCCUAUUCCUCAGCAAAAAUCAUCUGAGGUGGAAGCCAUGCCUAUUGCUCGCCAAAAACCAUCUGAUGCUGAAUUUAAUUUUGCAGUUGGUUUCAAAGAUUUAAAUGAGUCCUUGAAUACAUUGGAAGAUACUGAUUUAGAUACUUUAAUGGCUGAUCUUAUAGCAGACAUCAGUGAAGUAGAAAAGACAACAUUACAAGAACCAAAGAAUACCUCUUACAAUGAACAAGGUGCCAUAGUGCAGCCUAUUUGUGGAACUCAAUCAUUGCUGAGUAAUAUUCCUCCACCUGGUAUGAAUAAGUUACCAGCCCCUCCUGCAGAAAUGCUAAAGCCAUUGCCACCGCCUCUAGCCAUUCCUCCGAAGCCACUCACUCAGGAAGCACAAGAACAAGCAAAAGCUGACAAGAUUAAACUAGCAUUAGAAAAACUAAAGGAAGCCAAGGUUAAAAAGCUUGUUGUCAAGGUGCACAUGAAUGAUAACAGCACAAAGUCUCUAAUGGUGGAUGAACGACAAGUGGCACGUGAUGUCUUAGACAAUCUCUUUGAAAAAACCCACUGUGAUUGCAAUAUAAACUGGUGCCUUUAUGAAAUAUACCCUGAGCUACAAAUCGAAAGAUUUUUUGAAGAUCAUGAAAAUGUGAUUGAAGUCUUAUCCCAUUGGACUCGAGACAGUGAAAAUAAAAUACUGUUCUUGGUGAAAAAUGAAAAAUAUGCUGUAUUUAAAAACCCUCAGAAUUUCUACUUGUCAAGCAAAGGAAAAAAUGAAAGCAAGGAAAUGAAUGAGAAAAGCAAAGAAGCAUUAUUGGAGGAAAGCUUCUGUGGUACAUCUGUUGCUGUGCCAGAAGUUGAAGGUGCCCUUUAUUUAAAAGAAGAUGGAAAGAAGUCCUGGAAAAGGCGAUACUUUCUUCUACGAGCUUCAGGCAUUUAUUAUGUCCCCAAAGGAAAGACCAAGACAUCCCGAGACUUGGCUUGUUUCAUACAGUUUGACAACGUAAAUGUUUAUCAUGGUGUGCAAUACAAAACGAAGUAUAAGUCCCCUACUGAUUAUUGUUUUGUCCUAAAGCAUCCUCAAAUACAGAAGGAGUCACAGUACAUCAAAUACCUGUGCUGUGAUGACAAGGAGUCUCUACAUCUUUGGGUAACUGGUAUCAGAAUUGCAAAGUAUGGAAAGGCCUUGUAUGAUAACUACAUUGGUGCAGUACAAAAGUUAACUUCUCGUCUGGCAAAGCCAGGAAUUACUAAAUCCAUAGCUUCUGGGGGAUCAUCUUCAAAAGGUAGCUUUCAUGCCAAUGGACAAAUCCCCCAAAACAUAACUCUUAAUACAGCGAUCACUGCAGAAACUGGAAAAUCUGCUGAUAUGCCAAAGAUACAAAUUAAUGUUAAAAAUGCAGAUGAUACUUUCAAUGCUGGUCAAACAUCAUCCCUACCUGUACAACAGGUGAAACAGAUCCGCAAACGUAGUGGUGUUCAGCCUCCUCCCCCUCCUCAAAGAAGAUCUUCCGCUGUUACUGCGACAUUGGAUUUAUCCAGCAUUACUGAGAGAGAAAAUCCAACUUUCUUACCAAAUUAUGAAGAAUUUCCACCCCCCCCUGAAUUUAUACCACUUCCUCCCAAUUUGGAAGAUCUGCCACCGCCGCCGCCGCCACCACCAUCUCCACCGCUACCUGAAUACUGUGAAUCUCCUCCUGAUUUCACUCCUCCCCCGCCUCCUUUUCUUCCUAUUGGCAUUGGCUCUGCAGAACUACUACCACCACCACCACCCUCAUUCUCUGCCCCUGGUCUUCCUCCUGCAACCAAGAAGAAACCACCACCACCUCCUAGAAGACAAGAAGAAGGUGCUUGUCAAGUCGUAAGACCAAAACAAAGUGGAUCAAUUUCGAGGGGACAUGCUUCUGAACAAGGAGAUUUCAUGUCUGAUCUAAUGAGAGCAUUGCAAAAGAAAAGGAGUGAGUCAUCAUGAACUAAGUAGUUUCAAACAUCAGGCGAUCUAAAGGAGUAUAUGCUAAAAAAAAAAAUGGUAGACACAGACCCAAGAACUAUUGGGUCAAUUCCCAUGGUCUUUGCUUGAAGGCUGAAAAAUACAAUCAAGCAUAGCAGACAUCCUGAAGAAAAACAAGUUCCAGAAAAAUUGUUUGAUGUGAUCCAGAUUUUUUUUUUAAUCAGGAUUAAUUUAAAAGCUGAUUAGUUUAACAAAAAGCUUUUUUUUUCAGAGUUCCCCGCAAACCACUUGCAUGUAACAAUAGCCUGGAUAAGACCUUGGCAGUUUGGCUCAUCUAAAUAUAGGCUAAAACACUUUUGCAGAAAUAAGGGGUAUAACAUUGAAUAACAAAUUCACAUUUUGUAAAUUCCCUCUUUGAUUAUGUGGUCAAAAUCUGCUCCCUAUCUGUCCCUUCUACUUUUUUGUUUUGCAUAGUUGGUUUUGGAAAAAUACAACUUUAUUAUGAAUGUUUUGCAAUUUAUUAUAACUGUUUCCUCAGUUUCUUUCAAAGACAGUGAAUUUUGUUUUCAGUGAUAAUAUCUGCAAGCAAUCUCUGGUUAUUUAUUUGGUUUAACACAGGAUAAUUCUUUUGGAGACAGCUUUAAUUUUUCCAUUCUCAACUACAAAUGUAGUGGUUGUACUAGGUGAUAUCUAAAAAUGUUUAUUU